CCGGUCGCCUCCUCUCAAACCCCUUGUCUCCUCAUUUUCCCCCUUCCGGCGGCGGCGGCGCGGCCAUGGCCGGCCAGGCACAGCCCUCCACGAUGCACCAAGAUGUGCUGCGUGUAGCUGACAGCGGAGGCAUGGACCCGCAGGAGCUGGAGGCGCUCUUCGACCGCGUGCUCUCCUCCAUCCACGACGCGCUCCCCGCCCCGCCCGUCUCCGCCGACGGAGACCUCUGCAUCCUCUUCGACGCCGAGGGCGGGGGCGUCGACCGCCUCAGCUGCCUCCCCGACAAGCUCCUCUGCGACAUCGUCUCCCGCCUCCCCAUCAAGGACGCCGCGCGCACGGCCGUGCUCUCCCGCCGCUGGAGGCCCAUCUGGCGCGCCGCCCCGCUCGUCCUCGUCGACACCCACCUCCUCCCGGCCGGCGACGACGAGAUCCCCGUCCACCUCGACCGCGCCCACUCCAACACCGUCGCCGCCACCGUCUCCCGCAUCUUCGCCGCGCACCCGGGCCCGUUCCGCUGCGUCCGCCUCACCUGCUGCUACAUGGAGGAGGACCGGGCCCAGCUCGAGCGCUGGCUCAAGAUCUUCGCCGUCAAGGGCAUCGAGCAGCUCUUCCUCAUCAACCGCCCGUGGCCGCUCGCGAUCAACAAGCACCUCCCCGCCACGUUCUUAAGCAUGGCCACGCUCACCCGUCUCUACCUCGGCUUCUGGAGGUUCCCCGACACAUCCGCUCUCCCGCGCGGCGCCGCCUUCCCCUGCCUCCGCGAGCUCGCCCUCUGCGGCAUCGUCAUGGACAGCCGCGACAUGGACUUCGUCCUCGCCAGGAGCCCCGUGCUGGAGAUCCUCUCCGUCGACGGCCACAUGCUACCCCCUCUGCGUCUCCGCAUCGUCAGCCACAGUCUCCGGUGCAUGCAGAUCCACAGUUCCAGUGUGGAGAGCGUCACCGUGGUGGACGCCCGGCGCCUCGAGCGGCUAUUCCUGGGGAAAAGGACAAAUGAGAGUUCGUCCUUCAAGAUCAAGAUCGGGCAUGCCCCCGCGCUGCGCAUGUUUGGAAGCAUUGAGCUGGAAAAUGAAGAGCUGCAGGUCGGCAACACCACCGUCAAGGCUGGGACAGUGGUGAACUCAAGUGUCAUGGUCCCAUCUGUCACGACCCUGGACGUAAAUGUGCGAUUUGGAGUACGCAAUGAUACCAAGAUGCUUCCCAGCAUCCUCAGAUGCUUUCCCAACAUCGAGGUGCUGCAUAUCCAUUCCAAGAAAACUACGGAAUCUACUGGCAGGCUCGGCAUCAAGUUCUGGCAGGAAUCUUGUGCCAUCAAAUGCGUCCUGUCGAGCAUCAACAUGUUGUCAUUCUAUGAUUUCCGAGGGGAGCGGAAUGAGCUUGCCUUCCUUAAGUUCUUUGUUGAGAGUGCACAGAUGCUGAAGAUACUUGUGGUUGUGUAUGCCAAUGGGUAUUGCAGUUCGAGGGAUAAGGCGAAUUCCAAAGUGAAGGCCCUGUUUGCUGGAAAAAGGGCCAAUGAUAGCUGUAAAGUGGUGGUCUGUGAGAGUAGGUUUUCUGAAGGUGGUAGGUGCUGGGAACUCCAAAGAGGCUGUGAUUUCUCUUUUGAUGACCCUUUCGGGCUAAUAGGGUGUAGUUCCUUUGGAGUUCAUCAAUGGUCGGUUUAGGUAUUUGGAUGCAAGGCACUGUUAUUCCCUUUUGAAGGUUAAGCAAGGUUCUUAUUAGCAAUUCAGGGGCUUGAGUGUUGAUGUUACUAGUAAUAUCCUCCAAGGAAAUAACUGCUACUUGGACAAAUGCUGUUUUCUGGAUGACACCCAUAACUUACUAUGCC